AGGGAAGCAGCUCCCACAAACAUUGAUGCCCCUCGACGGCUGCUUCAAUUUGCAGUCCGGGAUGCUGUGGCAAUGUCUAGACCUACUAUCACAGCGACAGAGCCCUCACUAAAGCGCCUCCGUUCUGUUGUUUCCACCACCACCAGUGACUCAUCAUCAAUUGAUCGUCCUCGACGACUUCAGUCUGUUGCCAGAGUGCCAAAUCCCAUGGCAACGAUGAUUAAAGCCGUGGCAGAAGCUGCCGAAGAUGUAACUAGAGGUACUGUUGAAGAUGUCAUAUAUGGAGAUGAUAAUCAACUUCUCAAGCAAAAACGUUCAAUGUAUCUUCAAAGAAGCGACAGCAGUGGGCACUAUGUGGGCAAUAUGGCCAUGCUGGAAAAUGUUACUGGGUUGGCUUCUGAUUCUACGUCGGAGAAUGAAGGUUAUGAUGAUGUGAAUGUCUUGGGUCAUAGUGUUAGAGAUGUUUCUCAACCUGGAACGUCUGGUGGAAACCAUGGUGAUAAUGAGAUGAUGGUGGAGUACAGUGUAGCCAAGAAUAACGACGAUGCAACGCAUUUCAUGCGAAAUAAAGAUCAGGGUCAACCUGCUGUGGCUUCAAAUGCCUCACAAAAGAUUGUAAACAUUUCUGUGAAUGUCAAUACUUGGAAGCCGCCCCAUUACAAGGAGCCAAGAGAGGUUUCAGAAGUGGAUGGCUGGAAAUCUGUGCAGGAGGGUGAGCGAGGAGCUUCCAAAUCUGGUAGUCGAAUAAUGAAAGAUAACAGCAACCAUGUCACAGUUAACGGAAAUGCAAAAGCUGCUGUAGAUUCUCAGAAAGAGUCUCAGAAGACAGUCUCACCUACCACCGGUUAUGUGGCUGGUCGUCCUUUAGAGGAUGCAGAUUCUCGAACUCUUUUUGUUAACAAUGUCCACUUUGCUGCUACAAAAGAUAGUCUUUCUCGACACUUUAACAAGUUCGGUGAAGUACUAAAGGUUAUAAUAGUUACUGAUGCCGCAACAGGGCAACCCACAGGGUCAGCUUAUGUAGAGUUCAUGCGAAGGGAAGCGGCAGAUAAUGCAUUAUCUCUGGAUGGAACCUCCUUUAUGUCACGACUUCUCAAGGUUGUGAGGAGAAGUGCUGCCCAGCAAGAAGCAGCUCCGGCUAUGACAUGGCCACGGCGUGCUACUCCAUUUCCCACUGCCAGGUUCUCCAGAGCCCCCUUUCCGCGAGGCAUGCCUGGUUCAUACAGGCCUCGUCCCAUCAUUAAACCUGGCGGUGCCAGGAGCUUCCAGUGGAAACGAGACGCUCAGCCCUCUCCGAGUGAAAGUGGUGCUCCGCCAUCUGGCAACGUGGUUCCCUCUCCUACCUCUCGUAGUCUUACCUAUAUUCGAACAGAACCUAAACCAGAAGCCAAUCCGGGUACGACUUAGUCCAUUGGCCUUUUCACAAGGUUUCUCAAUUAUAGUCAUUCCCGAAUUGAACUAACAAGGAGGGGCUCAAAUCCGACGGGUUCUCUAUGAAUCGGAAUAUAUUUUUGUACAUGGUGGAGAAUGUUUUCCAAUGUCGUAGCAACUAGUAAGACUCAAAAAAUGGUGGGGAAGGUUUUCCUUUUUUGACUAUUGGUCCUAUAUUUCAUAUUCUUUUUUCUUGAGGGGAUUUUUUGGUGGGGGGAAAUGAGUGGAAUUUUGCGAAUUUGUGAUAGUAUGAGACUAGUUUAAUCAAACCCUUAGCUGCUAGGUUUUCCUACCCCGGGUUAUAUCUCCUGUUUAUUUUUUUUUUCCUUUUUAAAUUGUGAAUAGCGACUGGACGGAUGGUCGGUUUAUUUAUGGAGGACAAUUAUUGAUUAUUUUGUUUUGUAAUUCCAGUUUCUUACAAGAGAAAAAGAAAAAAA